AUGGAUAAGUUAAAAUCCUCUUCUGACAAUCUUUUACGUGAUUUGCACAUUCCUGAUUACAUGCUUGUUCCGGGUGGAAAGGUUGAAGCUCUUUCUGUUGCACCAGCAUAUCCUACAAUAGUAUUUAUCAACCCUAAGAGUGGUGGUCAGUUGGGUGGUGAACUUAUUGUCACGUACCGUUCCAUCCUUGGUCAGAAUCAGGUUUUUAAUUUAGAAGAAGAGGCUCCUGAUGACGUUUUACGCAGACUGUACCACCAUCUUGAAAAUCUCAAACUCAAUGGAGAUGAAUUAGCUCCUUUGAUACAGGCACGGUUAAGAAUAAUUGUUGCUGGAGGAGAUGGAACCGCUGCCUGGUUGCUUGGAGUUGUGAGUGAUCUGCAAUUAUCUCCUCCACCACCAAUUGCGACGAUGUCUUUAGGAACAGGAAAUAAUGUCCCAUUUGCAUUUGGCUGGGGGAGAAGGAAUCCAAGUACUGAUAGCGAAACUGUUCUGCAAUUCCUGGAACAAGUAAAGAAAGCAAAAGAAAUGGAGGUAGACAGUUGGCACAUUCUUAUGCGGACGAAAACUACCACAGAAGAAGGGUCUUGCGAUCCCAUUCCCCCUCUGGAGUUGCCACAUUCUCUGCAUGCAUUCCACCGUGUUUCUGAUACAGAUGAAGAGAACAUCUCAGGUUAUGACACAUUUCGUGGAGGAUUCUGGAAUUAUUUCAGUAUGGGAAUGGAUGCUCAAGUGUCUUAUGCAUUUCACUGUGAGCGUAAGUUGCACCCAGAAAAGUUCACCAGUCAGUUGGCAAAUCAGAGUACAUAUGCAAAGCUUGGCUGUACUCAAGGAUGGUUUGCAGCAUCUCUAUUUCAUUCUUCUUCAAAGAAUAUAGCUCAACUUGCAAAGAUCAAAAUCAUGAAAAGGAAUGGUAGAUGGGAAGACCUCCAAAUAAGUCCUAGCAUGAGGUCAAUUAUAUGCCUCAACUUGCCUAGCUUCGCUGGUGGACUAAAUCCUUGGGGAACACCAAAUCGAAAGAAAUCUCGCGAGAGAGACUUGACACCACCAUAUGUAGAUGAUGGUCUUCUUGAGAUUGUUGGCUUUAGAAACGCAUGGCAUGGACUUGCUCUUCUUGCACCCAACGGUCAUGGCACGCGUCUUGCGCAGACGGACAGAAUUAGAUUUGAAUUCCUCAAGGGUGAAACUGAGUGUACAUAUAUGAGGAUUGAUGGGGAACCCUGGAAACAACCUCUCCCAGUUGAUGAUGACGACACUAUCAUGGUGGAAAUAUCGCUUCAUGAACGGGUCAAUAUGUUGGCCACAGAGAAUUGCAUAUCAAAAAGCGUUACCGACCCCUGCACACCUACUACUCCUUGCACUCCUAUCGAUCAAGACCCCGAAGAACUCGACACAGAUGACAGUGACAGUAACUGCGACGAAGAUUUCCCUACAGAACAAGAGCGGAGGAAGUUCGGUGCAUGUGAGUCAUUCAGACUCACAGAGGAUCUUGACAUUGAUCACCUCACCAAGUUUGGUGCAUGUGAGUCAUUCAAACUCCCAGAUGAUCUUGACAUUGUUCAUCACCUCAGUAAGUUUGGUCCAGAUGAGCCAUUCAGAUUCCCAGAGGAUCUUGACAUUGCCUACCUCAGCUAA